GAAGCGAGUGAGAGGGCGAGAGAAGGGGAAGGGGAGGUGGGGAGGUACCUCAAUCUUCCGUCUAGAUCCUCGAGCCACCACUUGCUGGCUGCCCAGCGGCUUUGCCCAACUUGCCAAGAUGACAGAGGAGCCCAGGAAGGCCAGCAAAAAGUUCAAGUUCUUCAAGUUCAAGGGCUUUGGGAGCCUCUCCAGCCUCCCUCGGUCCUUCACUCUGAGACGGUCCUCAGCCCCCAUCAGUAUCCAGUCCCGUCUGGAGCCUGACACCUUAGAGGCCACACAGGAUGACAUGGUGACAGUCCCCAAGAGCCCUCCAGCCUAUGCCCGCUCCAGCGACAUGUAUAGCCACAUGGGCACCAUGCCUCGCCCCAGCAUCAAGAGGGCUCGGGAUCGAAAGUCUGCCCAGGAGGCUCAGGAGGUGGGCUCUGAGCUCAACCUUGCACCCCAAGGUCUGCCUGACCCACCAGUCUUGGAGGCAGCCAAAGAGGUGGCGGUGGUGGCCAGUGCCCCCCUGGAGGACACCUCAGCAAUGGAACCCAAGCCUUCAGCAGUCGAGGUGGACCCCAAGAGAAAGCCUGAGGAUUUUAUCGCCAACAUAGAGGAAGAGAGAGCUCCUGGGGAUGCACACCCAGAAAGGGCCACUGGAGAGCCGGAGGCUGGCGGGGACUACGUGAAGUUCUCCAAGGAGAAGUACAUCUUGGACUCAUCACCAGAGAAACUGCACAAGGAGUUGGAGGAGGAGCUCAAACUCAGCAGCACAGACCUCCGCAGCCAUGCCUGGUACCAUGGCCGCAUCCCCCGAGAGGUCUCGGAGACCUUGGUACAACGCAACGGUGACUUCCUCAUCCGGGACUCGCUCACCAGCCUGGGUGACUAUGUGCUCACGUGCCGCUGGCGCAACCAGGCCUUGCACUUCAAGAUCAACAAGGUGGUGGUGAAGGCAGGGGAGAGCUACACCCACAUCCAGUACCUGUUUGAGCAGGAGAGCUUCGACCACGUGCCCGCCCUCGUGCGCUACCACGUGGGCAGCCGCAAGGCUGUGUCGGAGCAGAGCGGCGCCAUCAUCUACUGCCCUGUCAACCGCACCUUCCCGCUGCGCUACCUCGAGGCCAGCUAUGGCCUGGGCCAGGGCAGUGGCAAGGCUGCCAGCCCUGCCAGCCCCUCGGGCCCCAAGGGCAGCCACAUGAAGCGGCGCAGUGUCACCAUGACUGACGGGCUCACCGCCGACAAGGUCACCCGCAGUGACGGCUGCCCCACCAGCACGUCACUGCCCCACCCUCGGGACUCCAUCCGCAGCUGUGCGCUCAGCAUGGACCAGAUCCCAGACCUGCACUCGCCCAUGUCGCCCAUCUCCGAGAGCCCCAGCUCCCCUGCCUAUAGCACCGUAACCCGUGUCCACGCCACCUCUGCAGCCCCCUCUGCCACAGCACUGCCUGCCUCCCCCGUCACCCGCCGCUCCAGUGAGCCCCAGCUGUGUCCUGGAAGUGCCCCAAAGCCCCCUGGGGAGUUGGACAAGGGCCCUCAUGCAAGCCCCUCCCACACCCUCUGCAAGGCCUCCCCAUCACCAUCGCUAAGCAGCUACAGCGACCCAGACUCUGGCCACUACUGCCAGCUCCAGCCUCCUGUCCGUGGCAGCCGAGAGUGGGCAGCGGCUGAGGCCUCCAGCCGGCAGGCCAGAAGCUAUGGGGAGAAGCUAAAGGAACUGUCAGAAAAUGGGGCCCCCGAGGGGGACUGGGGCAAGACCUUCACAGUCCCCAUUGUGGAAGCCACCUCUUCCUUCAACCCAGCCACCUUCCAGUCACUACUGAUCCCCAAGGAUAACCGGCCACUGGAGGUGGGCCUGCUGCGCAAGGUCAAGGAGCUGCUGACGGAGGUGGAUGCCCGGACACUGGCCCGGCAUGUCACCAAGGUUGACUGCCUGGUUGCUAGGAUACUGGGCGUUACCAAGGAGAUGCAGACCCUAAUGGGAGUCCGCUGGGGCAUGGAGUUGCUCACCCUCCCCCACGGCCGGCAGCUGCGACUAGACCUGCUGGAAAGGUUCCACACCAUGUCCAUCAUGCUGGCCGUGGACAUCCUGGGCUGCACGGGCUCCGCCGAGGAGCGGGCAGCGCUGCUGCACAAGACAAUCCAGCUGGCGGCCGAGCUGCGGGGGACGAUGGGCAACAUGUUCAGCUUCGCCGCGGUCAUGGGUGCCCUGGACAUGGCCCAGAUUUCCCGGCUGGAGCAGACAUGGGUGACCCUGCGGCAGCGACACACAGAGGGUGCCAUCCUGUAUGAGAAGAAGCUCAAGCCUUUUCUCAAGAGCCUCAAUGAGGGAAAAGAAGGCCCCCCACUGAGCAACACCACCUUUCCUCAUGUGCUGCCACUCAUCACCCUGCUGGAGUGUGACUCGGCCCCAGCAGAGGGCCCCGAGCCCUGGGGCAGCACAGAGCAUGGCGUAGAGGUGGUGCUGGCCCACCUGGAGGCCGCCCGGACUGUGGCGCACCACGGAGGCCUGUACCACACCAACGCUGAGGUCAAGCUGCAGGGGUUCCAGGCCCGGCCGGAGCUCCUAGAGGUGUUCAGCACUGAGUUCCAGAUGCGCCUCCUCUGGGGCAGCCAGGGCGCCAGCAGCAGCCAGGCCCGGCGCUAUGAAAAAUUCGACAAGGUCCUCACUGCUCUGUCCCACAAACUGGAACCUGCUGUCCGCUCCAGUGAGCUGUGACCUCCAAGGACCCAUCCCCUCUACAGCUGCGACAGCAUUGGGGGCAGAAGGGCACAGACCUUUCCCCAGAGCACCCCAGGGACACUGUGAUCAGCUCGAGAAUGUUCUGGGUUCAACUCCAGGAUCUCCUUUGCACCUCCAGGGUCCAGCGUGGACUCUGGACUCCGUCCGACCACCACCACGGCUACACACUCAUCAAGUCUCCCUUGAGGAAGAACAGGAACCCCCUGUUCCUACCACCAGCUUCUGCUGCUCCCCUUCCUGCAGGUUCCUUGUUUUUGAGCCACGGGAGGCUCCUCAUGCCCCCUCACUCUCCAUCUGUCCCUCACUGACACCAAGGCCUCCAUCUUGCUGUAAAUAAGCCCAUCUGCUCUGUAAAUAGAUGUACAGAAGCCAUGUUCUUUCUUUCAUAUAAUAAACUUUUAUGACUCUUU